AAUUUGCAUUCCUUUUUUGAAAUGCACCCACACUGUCUACCCUUCUGCUGUGUUGACCAUAGUACAUCAGCUAUGACUUCAUGUCGUUCAGGGAGAUAGUGUUACUGUAUUGGGAUAACAGGAACAUAUAUCAGAGGGAGACAAACUUAAGUCUAAACACAAGCACGAAUGGGUCAAUUUUAGACACACUUAAUGUCAAAAUAACUUUGUAGUGUAGACAAGGCCUAAGGCCAGAUCUGGGCCCUGCAAUUGCAAUUUAAGCUCCAUUCCUGAAAAAACUUAUGCAAAUGGUUUGUCCUAUUGAAGUCAAGCACAAGCGUUUGGAGGUGGUAGGUUAACAAUCAUUUUGAGAAUGGAAAAGAUAGAAAAGAAUACCAUUUACUUUCUUUCAGCUAUGUUAGUUCUACACUCAGGCUCAAGAGGGAUGAAAAGUAAGAACACUUUAUUUUUAUCUGCUGGUUUUAGUGAUAUGACAAAGUGCAUACAGGGGGUAAAAAGGUGCUAUAUUUACACAGUCACAUUCUUCAGAGAACUAUCAUGGUUUAAAAAACCAAUUCCAUAUCCAUUUCACCCUUUUAAAAGCGUUACACAGUAUUCACAUUUCACAUUCAACUGACAUAAUUAACUUUAGUUCUUAAGACUUCAGUGUCAUUGCUCAGUUGGAGUUGAAGUAUACUAGGCACUUCUCUUUCCCAAAAGACCAUCUACUAGAAGAAUGCUGCAACAGAACUGCAAUUUAUUCUAGAGCCCAGAGUGUGUGAAAUGUGACAUAUAUACAAUUUUGUAAAAGGAUAGAUGGCGAUACUUACUCAGCUAUGUUACUUGACAUGCAAAGGCAGCAAACACAUCUGUCUGUGGAACUUUACAUUAAUGCUUAUCUCAUGUUUCAUUGGUUCCAAUAUAUACUGCAUUUCAAGUUUAGGAUUGGUUUCAGAUUUACUUCUGCUACUUUAGAAGUCACAAAACAGUGUGGUGUCUCUAUGGUAUCCAAUGUCAUAAGAACUGGGCACACUACAGGACCAAGAAUAAAUAAUGACAAGCUAUACAAAUUCACCUAUUCAACUGAAGUGCUUAUCAAUAGGGUUAAAGGAUUACCAGAGGACAGCGCGGGCUACCGGAUUUCAUCCGGUGUUGAUGUCAACCUAGUAUGGCGAAACCCCAACAAUGAUGAUGACCAGUUGAUCAAAAUUAUGAUAAAAGAUGUUAAGAUUGAAAAUGUGACUGAACGUCCAGCAGCAAAAAAUAUCUUUAAAGGGAAGCACUCAGAGAAUAUAAUUGAAAAAGAAUAUCUGUCAGCUUUACAAAGGCCUGUAAUUCUUCAAUGGACCCAUGGAAAGGUUAAAAACUUCUACUCCUAUAAAAAUGAACCUGCAGUUAUUCAGAAUCUCAAGAGAGGCCUGGCUAGCCUAUUUCAGAUACAGCUGCACUCUGGUGCUGCCAGGGAGGUGGAUGUCUCUGGUAAAUGCAAUAUUACUUACCAUGCUCGAGAAAAUCAAGUGACUAAAAUUAAAGCCCUGGGCACCUGUGAAAUUGAAAAGACGGGUUUUACCAGCUAUAAUGAGCUUUUAGAUAUCAGUACAAAAGCCACAUCUGCUACAAUUUAUGUGCUAGAAGACGACUUUAUUAAAUCCGUGAGGGCAGAAGAGAAUCAUGUUUUAUCUCUGAAUUUCCAGCAAACAACAAAUGCCAAAAUAGUUUCCAAGCAGAAACUGGAACUAAAGUCAACAGAAGCGGGGCCUAGAGUGAUUGCUGGGAAGCAGAUUGCCAGUGUGAUCAAGACUUUGGAUUCUAAUUAUGUAGCUGUUCCACUAGUGGCAGAGCCAGUCAUGGCUGAAUGCAAAAACUGUCCCUCGAUUUCUGAGCACUGGCAAGCUAUCAGGAAACAACUGGAACCCGAAAACCUUUCCAAUGCUGAAGCAACAAGACAUUUUUUGUCCUUUAUUCAGAACCUCAGGAAAGCUACGAAAGAGGAGAUACUUCAAAUUCUUAGAAGUGAAAGAAAUGUGGUACUUCCUCAGCUGGUGGAUGCUGUGACCUUUGCUCAGACCCCAGCCUCACUGGAGGCCAUGCUGGAGUUCCUGGACUUUAAGAAUGGAAGCAGUUCUGUGCUGCAGGAGCGGUUCCUGUAUGCCUGUGGAUUUUCUUCCCUCCCCAAUGAGUUGCUACUGAAAUCUUUAAUGAACAGACUCCAGGGACAGAUUGGAAAUAGUGAAAUCAGAGAAACUAUUACCAUCAUCAUUGGUGCACUCAUCAAAAAGCUGUGUGACAAGGGAGGCUGCAAACUUCCAUCUGUUGUGCGAGCUAAGAAGCUGAUCCUUGGAAGAUUAGACACAGCAAUGAAAGAGGAUGAUAUGAAGAUGUACCUGCUGGCUGUGAAGAACGCCGUUCUGCCUGAAGCAAUUCCGCUGCUGCUAAAAUAUGUUGAGUCUGGAGAAGGGCCCAUCAGUAACAUUGCUGCCACAGCUCUGCAGAGAUAUGACAUCUCUUUCAUCACUCGUGAGGUGAAGGAAACAAUGAACAGGAUUUAUCACCAGAAUCAUAAAAUUUAUGAAAAGACCCUGAGAACAACUGCAGCUGCCAUCAUUUUCAGCAGUAACCCAUCCUACAUGGAAGUGAAAAACCUCUUGCUUUCUAUUGGAGAAUUGCCAUUGGAAAUGAACAAGUACAUGCUCUCAUUAGUCCAAGAUAUACUUCAUUUUGAAAUGCCUGCAAGCAAAAUGAUUCGUAAAGUUCUGAAGGACAUGGUUGUUCACAACUAUGAUCGCUUCUCCAAGACUGGGUCUUCCUCUGCCUACUCUGGCUAUGUGAUACGUGGCCCUGGUGCAUCAUCCACAUACAGCCUUGACAUCCUCUACUCAGGCUCUGGGAUUUUACGAAGAAGUAACUUGAACAUCUUUCUUUUCAAUAAAAACGCUCAACUUCAUGCCAGCCAGGUUGUGAUUGAAGCUCAAGGCCUAGAAUCCAUAAUAGCUGCAUCUCCAGAUGAAGGCGAAGAAAACCUGGAGUCCUUUGCUGGCAUGUCAGCAAUCUUGCUUGACGUUCAGCUCAGGCCCGUUACUUUUUUCCAAGGGUAUGGAGAUUUAAUGUCUAAAAUGUUCUCGGCAACUGGAGACCCUAUAAACGUGGUGAAAGGACUUAUCCUUCUGAUAGAUUACUCACAGCUCAUUCAGUUACAGUCUGGGCUGAAGGCCAGUGCAGAAUUCCAGGGUGGUCUGGCCAUUGACAUUUCAGGUGGAAUGGAGUUCAGUCUUUGGUACAGAGAAUCCAAAACCAGUGUUAAGAACCGGGGAACCAUAGUGGCAACUGGUAAUAUCAUAGUGGAUUCCUUCUUUGUGAAAGCUGGUAUGGAAACCAGUUUUGAAACAGAGGCAACACUAAACUUCAUCUCCACAGUGCAGUUUUCAGAAUAUCCAUUCUUGGUUUGCAUGCAGAUGGACAAACUAGAAUCUCCAUUCAGGCAAUAUGUGACUAAAUAUGAAAGCCUGCCAUCUGGCAAACGGUACACUUCUCGGAAAGGAAAAGUCAAACUGCUGGCAGGUUCUGAAUACCCACUCCAUCAAGAGAACUCCAAUAUGUGCAGGAAGGUUUUCAGCACUCAGUCUGACUCCUCCGACAGCUGGUUUUGAAAUGGGCACCUGUUCUUUCAUUCUACCGAAGCCAUGGCUCCCUGAGUAACUUAGGCGUAUAUGUACUGUACUAGCUCAGUGCCUGAUCCUGCACUGUUGAAAUCAAUGGAAGGUAUGACAUUGACUUCCAACAGGCCCACGAUCAAACACUUAGUAUGUGCAUAGUGUUUACAUAUUUACAUAUAUUUAAGAUUUUUGUAAAAAGCUAAGAAAAAACAAAAAACAAUUUGGAAGUAAUGCAUACACUCCCCCGUGGGAGGUAUGAUUUGCAAUUUUUUUUUCAAAAGUAGAAAGACAUUCAUAUUUUUCUCAAAAUGGGAAUAUAGAAGCCCAUCUCCAUGAUAUGCAGUAAGAACAUUUAUGCUGUAAACAGAAUGAUUAUUUAUCAAUACAUUUAGAGACAGCCAUUUGUUAAAAAACUAACCAGUUCUCAUUCAAAUACACAGCAGCAUUAUUCUAAGGGCCAUUAAUUCUUGGUCACUCACUGCUGCCUGCUUGUUUAAUCCAAAUCAGGGUGCAUUUUCCUAAUUAUUUAGAGCCUCAAUCUCAGAAGUAUUAUCUUUCUUUUUAUGGAGUCCUACGGUUCGAUAUAUUUGAUUAAAAAUUUAGGAUGACAUUUUCAAGAGUGCCCUGCAUUGGCCCAACACUUCUUCCACUGAUGUGAACUAAGGAAUGCCUAUUAACUUCAGGGGAAACAAAGUUAAGCCAAUGCUGAUCAUGUUUGAAGAGCUCACUCUGAAACUUCAUGUAACUAUGGGGGAUCAAAGCAGGUACAUUUCUAGAGAUGAGCAUUCACUGUAGCAAUCUGGGCAGUAAGGAUUAUUCAUGUGAAUAAAAACUUUAAAGGAUCAGGACCAAUUUUGGCUGAAAAUAAUACUGUAUUUGUUACUCAUUUUGCAGUUAUUACAAUGUAAUAAAUGAAUAAGUAAAUAUGUCCCAUCACAGAACACACUACUUUCCUAGUCUCUUAAUCCCUCAAGUGAUUCAUAUUAUUUAUAAUUCCAUAAAACAGGCUAUCUAGUGUAAGUGCUGGGCUCAAAUAAACUUGGAUAAGUUGCAUUUCAGAAAAUGAAAUCAGGCAGAAAAAGCUUUUGGAUGAUCUCACAUACGCAACCCCUCCAUAAAUGCUUAUCUUGCUACAGAGCAUAAAAUUGCCUGCCUGUUCAGUGCAAACAGAUUAUCUAUUAAUUUUAGAACGAUCAGCAGAACAUAUGGGCUGAUUAUUGUAUUUCUCCAAAACACCACUGAUGCACUUUUCUUGACAAACCCUAAAAAUAAAAUGAGGCAAAAUAAACAAAAACCUUCUUUCCCUCUUGAUUUUUGUAUUUUAUCUUGUGGUUUAGUUUUAUUCUCUAAGAGGUAGUAACUGGGAGGUGCUCACUGCGUGAGUCCUUUCUGUAGCUGCUGUUGCAUGCAAUGCUGAGAUGAAGAGAGGGGUACUACCCUUUUCUGGACAUCCCAGCCAUUCAGUUAAAUAAAUUGCCUGUAAAGAUUAAAAUCAUAGAUAAUGGGUCCUAGAGAGUCUCCAGAAAUGCUAGGGAAGCAGGAAGUGUUAGCAGGAAGCCAGGAGAGCCAAUGAAAACAGAGUAUGGGUUUUUGAGUGGGAAGCAAUGACCUUCUUGUUCCAGUCUGUGGGUCACCAGAGCAGAGCUGGGAGACAUUAAGCCAGGGAGCAAGGCAUGAAAUAUCCAGCAAUAUCCAUGCCUAGGGAAGGACUAAAACUUGGAACAAAUAAUAUGUGAGUUGAACAGGGAAUGUUUAGUCAGACAUCAUCAGGUUAUUUUCUUUAUUUUUGGUUUGUUGGACUUCUCUCUUGAGCCUAUGAACCUCCACACACCCCCUCCCCACUGUAACUUUUAAACUCAAUCCCAGGGAAGCAAUUCUCUGUGCUUUAACCUUUCUUUUUUAGUUGCUCUGUAACACCUAAAAACCAAGUAAUGUUUUGCCAAGUAUGUUUUCUUUGUUUUGUUAAUAAAAAUCACCUUUUAAAGACCACAAUCUGAUUCCUGUGUCCUAAAAGGCAGAAGGUUCUGUGUGUAUGUGCCUAAGACUGCAAGGCCAACUAUUAAGAAAAUUACAGUUAUUUAAACUCUGUCCAGAAGGAAGGUUAAAGAGCUUGAGGGACCCCACAGAGAGAAAUCCCCAAAUGCGUCUUCUUGCAUUCUCAAAGGGGUUUUUGCAUUUGGGUGGCGGCAGUGGUACCAUCCAAAAUAAGGGAAUCUGUGACCUUGGGGAGUUUUUAAAUAGAACCCAGUAGUGGCAGGAUAUUUUAAAGUUUCUUGUGGGCCUCCAUCUUCUGCACUUGAAGUGCCAGAGUGGGGAACAACCUUCAUAGGUAUUGCAGGUCUUUUCUUGCUCCUGGUGCCCCUUUUAAGUUGUCAGUCUUGCUUCGCUGGUUUUCACUGGCUCAGCCCUCCAGCUGGAUGUCACAAUCAAAAUGCACCUCUGCCAGGAAACUAUCUUGUCUACCCUUACGAAGAGGAUCUAUAGCCCCAGAUCUUGGACCUUCAAAUUCAACCUUUUGCUAAGGUUUACAAACAUGCAUAGGUCCCUACGUGGGGUUUAUACCACUUUGCCAGUGGCAAAACCGAGACCUAUCCACUACUCCUGAUUCCAAUUCAGGGAACCUAUAAACAGCAGCGAUGUACCGCUCACUUCAAUUCCUUAUUGCUACUUCCCUGGGACUCUUCUCACCUACCUCUUUACCUUCACCCAUCAACUCAGGGUUAAUGUUUUAGAUCCUCUCUCUGACCCUAAGCAAAUGCAGCUAGAACCAAACUCUGUUUAUUCUUCAAGCUGUUUUGGUCUGAAAAGAGCACCAUCCCUCUCCAAUCCCAUACAGGAACACACGGCCCUGCAGUUCUCUCUCUCUUAGCCUGGGGGCACUAAUUCGUUGCUUACAUGAGACUUCUUUAGGGAGGUGUGGAGGACCGACCUUUGUAGCUUCUUUCCUGCUGUGGGGUAUAAUAGGACACUGCAGCCUCCAGCAGGGAUCCACAAUCACCAAAUGCAUCCCAUUCCAGUAAUAAAGUCAGCCCUUUUAUCCAUAGCCAAAUAGUCUCUCCCUGUAGUAGAACUGGUGAGGUUCUGUGAUGCAAAGAGAAGCAGGACUGGAGAAGAAAGGGCAGAUAAAGAAUGGUGUUCAACUCUGAACCUAAGAUAUAAACCAGCCAAAAUCCUCUUUCAGCCCUGCUGUAUCACAGAAACCAUUUGGGCUUUUUACAUAGCCACAGAAUCUACUCUGUCCUAUUCUUAGGGUAUGGAAAUCACAUGUCCAGUGACUGCAGAAUGCCAAAAGCCUGUCUUCAUUCCUUACUGGCAAAGACAUUAUAAGGCUUAGGUUGCAAUAUCACUGUUAUUGUCACAUAUUCCAGUGCAAUAUUGUCACACUGGAAACACAUAGACAUAACUCCUCUUCAGGAUUCAAACAAAGAUAAAUUACUUUCAGAGGGGGAACAAUCCUCAACACCAGCAGGAGCAAUCCUGAAAAAACAGUAGCAAAAUCAAUUACAAUUUUGGAUGAAUAUUCUUUUCUCGGUAUGCUAACAUCAGUUGGAAUUUGACUUGAGCUGAAUUCAAUUUGAACAGAUGCAAACCACAUUCCUAUGCUACAUACUGAAUUCUGCAGAUAAUUCUUUAAAAGUUGUAAGUAAAGUAAAAUUAGAAGAAAAAAAAACCCCUAAUCCCCACAUUUUCAUAAGGAGUGGGACCUGCUUCCAUUAUAAAGCCCUGUUUGAGUUCCAUUACAUCUUCAGCUUGGAAAACUGGUUUAGUCUGAAAAUUGACAUUGUUACUCUGUGGCUGUAGGCAGACAGAACCCCCUCCCCUCCUCUCCUUCCUCUGACAUCCUUGGGAGAGAGAAUCCUUGAGAGUGAAACUCUUCCUUCAAAGGCUCCAGGGCCACCAGAGGUGCUGGAAUAACAAUGGCCCUGGAUGCUAGACAGGAACCAGAUAACAGCGGCAAUUGGGCCAGCAGGCGAUCGGGGCCUCGAGCUGCCCUUGGCUGGUACUAGUAUUGAUACUCCUACACACACCGUCCCAGAAGAGGAAUCUGCCGCCCCAUCAGAAAGAAUGUCCGGCCCUAAUGAUUUAGUUACCUCCAUCUCACAGGUGCAAAUUAAACUUUGGACCCCCUGUGGGACUGGGCGUCACAAAGACGUUCCAACUUAAUUGGCAUUUUAAUGACAAGAGAAGCGUCUACGUGACCACAGAGGUAUAAAGUGGGGCCCUGUGACCCACUGUAAUUGGAGAUCCACCCAUAUACCUGCUGGUCAGGAGGUCUUGGACCUCCAUCGCGUAUGAACUGCUUUCCAUUGGGAUUGAGAGAAAUGCUGGCUUCACCGGAGUAAGGAUCGCAGGGGUGAGAAUAUACCUGCUAGGUGUCUAUUUUUGCACGCAUUCAAUAAGAGCUCAGAGAACCAAAAGGGUUCCAUGGUACCUUUAAGUGACUGGUAUUGUAUUGUCUUUGUAGUGACUGUGUUAUCUGUAACACAGUAGUAACAUUAAACAGCUAAGCUUGCCUUGUAACAAUAAAAUAGUAACUGUGUAAGCUUUCAA